AUUACGUUGCAAUGAUUUCAUGAUGCAACUGCAUUCAAUCUGAUAAAAUCAGUGUAUUUCAUGAUCACAUUUGAUGUGAAGGAAUAAUAAUGACCGAGGAAUUGUUUGUGAUAGCCGACCUGGGAGUUGUCGAUAGAGUGACGCAGUGAGAGACAUGACUAAUAAUAAUAGUGCAUGGAAUUCUAGGAAGCGCUUAGCGCGAAUUCGAUGUUUAUUCGAAUCUAUUCGAUGUUUCAGUGAAGGCAAGCCUCUUCCAGAAUGUUUGUGUUACAUUCCAGCCGAAGUUGAAUACCAGACUCAACAUAGAAGUGUUGUAAAGCUGUAUCAAGAUGUGCAAAAAAGCAGCAAAAAAGUGGGAGAAAUUGUAUUGACUAAUGAAUCUAGAUUAGUAGUUAGUGGUGAAGAGUAUUGUAAUUCUCAAGGGAAAUGGCUGAAAGUGAGAAAGUUCAAAAGUUGUCCGUCCAGUGAGUUUGUGACUUAUGAAAAUGAUGCCUGGCUGCUCCAGUACAGCAGUAAGUCGGCCACAGAUGAUCCAGCUCUACAAAUCAUCCCCUGCAAUAACCUUGAUCAUAGCCGAAAACGAUCAGACAGCUGGGAAGAUGCAGUUGAGCAGCACUUUGCAGGCCAGUUCCUUACUCAUCGAGUGCAACUCACCGACAGUGAUCAGUCAGCCAUGUCACGUCUGAUGGAAAUUCCAGCUGGCUGGACACUGGAGGGAGACGAAGAGCUGGUCAGACUUAUGUCUCAGCACAUCCCACCUGACAAUGACCACUUGGGCAGCAUCAAAAGUUUUGUUGAAUCAGUAGACGUGUCAUCCUGUUGUGAUGAUGAGGCUGGUCCAUCUUGUCUGACUGAUGCUGACCCUGAUACCUACUGGGAGAGUGAUGGUAGUCAAGGUAACCACUGGAUCCUUCUCAAGAUGAAAAAAGGAACUGUAAUUUUAAAACUACAGUUAACUCUGGAUGGUUCUGAUGACAACUACCUUCCAGCCCGAGUGACAGUACAGGGAGGCGAACACGAAAACCUGUCUGUGCUGCGGUCACUGGUCAUUGAUUGGGAAGUGAAAGAUGUAGAGGAUAUAACUGUAUUAGAGAAUAUGACCGAACAUUUCCCCGUCAUUAUGAUCCUCAUCAAAGAGUGUAAAGCUGGAGGUAUUGACACAAGAAUACGUGGCAUCAAGAUAUCUUCAUCAGAAGGUCGUUAUCUCGGAUUUGAUAGAGACUUCUUCAAGGGAGAGAACUUAGUUAGGUAUCCAAAACUGGAACCCUAUCCUCCAGAUCAGCUGUACAGACGGUCAUUACUUCUACAAAGGCUGAUGGUGAUAUUAGACAGUGUUUUACCAUAUAUAGUACCUGCCUGGGAAUACUCUAUAGGAUCUUACAAUUCAUUAGAGCUGGUGAGACAGCUUUUGCCAUUAUCAAAAAAACGCCUUAAUCUCAUAGAAACUUUCAUCAAGGAAUCUUCAUCGGAACGACCAGUGGAGAUUCCGAAACUAUUUAUAAAUCGCCGAGCAGCCAUGGAGCACCGAUGUAGUGCGGCUCAGGAUUCUGACUUCAAAAACACAAUUUUUAUGCAAAUUUAUGAGGGUCUUAAGCCUAGAGACAGAACAUCAAAACCUUUAAAUUAUAGAUGGACGUCAAGGUAUGAACAGUGGUGGGAGUGUAAGUUUAUGUCAGAGGGAGUGAUUGACCAGGGAGGAGGAUUCAGGGACAGCCUAUCUGACCUGGCCGAGGAACUUUGUCCCAUGUCAGCUGAUAAACCUCUCCCUUUGCCUUUCUUCAUUCGAGCUCCAAAUCAGUUGCGAGAUGACUCAAACGUAAACAAGGAUGUGUAUAUCCCAAACCCUGCCUGUAAGGAGUUUGCCAAGUAUGAGUGGAUUGGCCAGCUGAUGGGAGCAUGUCUUCGUGGCAAAGAGAAUCUGAUCCUAGCUUUCCCAUCCUUUGUAUGGAAAAGGUUAGCUGGAGAAACAGUGUCUUGGUCAAGAAACUUCAACAGCGUUGAUGCUGCAGAGGUGACACUGAUAGACGAUAUGGAGACUACAGACAAGGAAAAUUUCCUUAUCUUGGGUCGUACUUGGAGCACGGUGCUAAGUGAUGGAACUAUGAUCCUGAUGAAAACCGAUGACAAAGGAAAUCCGUUAGACUUGAUGUUUGAAGACCGCAAAGAAUACUGUGAUAAAGUGAGAAUGAUACGCAUGGCUGAAUCUGAUGAACAGCUGGAGGCCAUAAGGAAAGGCUUACUUAAGGUGGUACCUCAGGCUGUGCUCGAUCUGAUGACUUGGCAAGAACUGGAACACCGAGUCAGUGGUGACCCUGACAUCUCAAUAGAGGAUCUAAAACGCUCCAUUCGUUAUGAUGACGUGGAAGAGACAGACACCCGAGUCAAGUACAUGUGGGAAGCUUUGAAAAACUUUUCUAAUGAAGAUCGAAGUCGCUUUCUCCGCUUUGUGACAGGUAGACGGCGCCUUCCUGCUCCAGUACACAUAUCUUCUGGGAAAGGGGAUUCUGUUGACUGUUUACCGGAGUCAUCCACGUGUGCAAACACUCUGUAUUUACCUAACUACACAAGUGCCAAGAUUGCCGAGGAGAAGUUGAGAUAUGCAUCAUAUAAUUGUAUGGAUAUGGAUGCUGACGUAAAUCCAUGGGACGAGUGAUUAUCGGUGACCACCAAUCUGUGAUGUCUUCAUCUGUUCAUUAGUGACUUUCAACCAAUAAAAACUCAUACAAACUCUGUGAUUCAUUGAAACAGACAUGUUCAUUGUACAUUUUUAUAACUCUCUGUGAUUCAUUGAAAUGGGCAUAUUCAUUGUAAGUUUUCAAUAACACUUACAAACUGUGAUUCAUUGAAACGGAGGUGAUCCCUAAAGAAUAUCGGAGAUGGAGGGUUUGACGACCAUGUUGGUUACAAAACUAUGAUGUGAUGAGUUAUAAAAAAACUAAGCUUUGCACAGUUUGCUUAUUACCACACUGGUUUGCUAGAAGAUUGACCAGAACUACAGGUGAAAAUUUGAUUUGUAGCUUGGCAUAAUUAUAGAGCUAUUUACAAUAUCUCAUCAAGAAAAAUUCCGCAACCGUUUAAUUUUGUAUGUAGAUAAUUCAAAUAUUACUGAUAUAAAGGAAGACAGAAGGACUUAAUAUAAAAAGGAAGACAGAAGGACUUAAUAUAAAAAGGAAGACAGAAGGAAUUGAUAUAAAAAGGAAGACAGAAGGACUUAAUAGCUACUAUUGUGUUAAAGGAAGGUUGAUUCAGUAAGGAGGAAUAUUUUAGAAGACUGAUAUCGCAGUAUCGGUAGUCUUACAUGUAAUCUCCUUGUGAAUAAUAAUCUUUCAUCUCUCUGCUAUUCCUCCGAUUAUUCUAUCUAUCAGAAGAUAAUGAAUAGAAUUGAAAUUCCAAAUCAGAAUAUAAACCCACAAUGCAUCCACAAGUAAUAUUCUUAGGAAAGGAUAUACUCAAAUAAUAAUAAAAAAAACAACUCAAAUCACACCAAUCAAUGGUAGACUAUAAUGUUUCAGUAUCUAAUGAACACAACCUAUUGUCCUUUACAGUACCGUUCUUGUUUUUUUUUACUACUUCCAGAAAAAGAAAAAAGAUGAAAAUACAGCUACCCAACCUGUGGAAAGCUGUUUUAUACCACUGUAUUAGUUGAUGAUAUAUAUUAACACACAGCCUCCACCCCUGUCCCUACCUCCACCAAAACAGUGACUGAUUUUGUGUAUUGUUUCAUUUUGUAGUUUCAGUAUUUUAGAACACUCUUAAUUCUCUCAAUCUCCCACAGAUAACACAAGACAAAGGAGACUCCAUCAUGAAGCUUGUCAAACACUGAUCUUUGUGAACUUUUGAAGUCCUCUGUUUAUCUGUAAAAAAAGAAACCUAACCGCAAAGAUAAACAGUUCUACACUAAUUAACUUAAAACAGAGAAACCAGCUUACAUAUAACCUGACUGCUUUACAUAGAGGUCAGCAACUUUUUCAGUUGAUAAAUGAUCCAGCUCUUGUCAUUUUGUGACCACAAAUGGUGUUAUUGUUGGCCUGGACCAUAGCAUGUCUAACCAAUAUUUUUUUAAACCAUAACACCUUCCAGGUAUUGUAGAGCUAUCACAGUUGUAGGCAUGAUAUUGCGUAUUUUUGCUCAUUUUUCUUACUAAUAUAAAAUUAGGAACGAAGUUGUAGUCAACAGGAGAAAUGAAUUUCCAUUAAAGUGUUUUGAGGUAUAUGGAGAAAUAAAGACGUGGAAAUAUUCCUGUCAUUUUUAAAACUGCUGAUUCAUUAUCAAAAUAUUUCAAGAAGGACCAGUCAGUCAUAAUGUCAUACCCAUGGCUGUUAAACAUUUCUCAUUCUGCCGAAAAAAAACAACCCUCUAGGGUAGGAUGAAUUUCCAAAUAUAUAUGUAUGCAUGCUAGCUUACUGUGUUUGCAAGAAAUGAAGCUGCUUACAUAACAAAAAUACCUGCUGUAGUUUUAAUUUUGCCAAUUGCAGUGUUAAAAAACUUUGUACUGUAAACUAUGCCAAAAAUAUAUGUGAUUUUAUGUCUCUUAAGAAUUGAAAGUUUGGCAAAAAUGACAAUUUUUUAUAAGGCCGAAGAAAAAAGCUGUGGCAAUAAGUCCUGUAUGCAGUAAUAUUGCAAAGUUGGGAAAUAUAUGAUACUGAACCGCCAUUCCAUACCUAAUUACUCAACAUAAGUUUCUUGAUAGAACCUCUACUUGUUCAGUGCUUUUUUAACCAAUGCUGAAAACAGGGCCUGUAUAUUCAUGAAACCAUUCUCAUGCUCAAGCAUAGAUUUUGACUUUUUUUUUAUAAUUCGCCUAAAUUAUAUAAAAUAAUACAAAUGUCAAAUAUAAACAUGGAAUAUAACUUUGACUUGAAGUCCUUUUCUAAAUUUUUUUUUUAAAAAUCUUUGGCAAAAUCAGCCUUAUUUAUUAAUUUUUCACUUAAACAAGCUAGAGCACAACAUUCAUGUUUGAGCAUGAGAACCGUUUCAAGAAUACCGGCCCAGGACUUUUUACAUAUAUACUAAAGAGUCUAUUUUUGUAACUGAUGACUUUUCUUUACGAAAAAAGAUGUGCAGUAGAGUAAAGUGUGGUCAGAUAUUAGGUUUUGAUAAAAAAAAAAUUAAUAUUCCUACACAGUAAAUAAGGGUAAAUACACCAGAGCUUAUUCAUUAGCUCUUCAUUAUAUCCAGCUGUUAACACUGAGUUAGUGUUCAUGUAUUGCAUCAAAAAAUAAUCCAAACCAAGAUUUUUAUCAAAUCCCAAUGUAACCUCAGUAGAGUGGAUGCUUUAUAGCAAAAAAUGGUAUUUAAUAUGUAAGAAUGUUUGUCCAUUUAAUACUGAUAGAUCAUUGUAGUCGUAAAAAAAAUCAUUAUUAUCUUUUUUUAUGACUUUGAGGAAAAUUCACACAUGAAAGAGUCCAUAAUAUUAGUUAAAAAUUCAAAUGCACAUAAGAUACUAACAUCAACUUUGUAAACAUGAUAAGGUGCUAAAUUUGCCAGAGAGUCUUUUUUUUCCUACAAAAUACCCCCAGAACUGAAAAGUUCUAUAUAUGUUUAAGAAUUUUGCUACAUCUUUUCAUUCCGUGCUCUCGUUAUAGGCACAGAUAUUUGAAUUCAGUUACACCAUAUUUGGAAUUGGUGUAUUUGCUUGAUUGGGUAUGCUUUCAUUUUAGAAUAUAUAUAACUUAUUUAUGUAGUUACAUAUGUAUUAAGGUGAUAAGAUCAUGAUUAUGGUAACUAAAUUCAAACAAGAAUAUACUCUACUCAAUAUAUAGAUAUCAGCACACUUUGAUAAAAAUCUGAUUUUGAUAUUACUAUCUUGAUUGAGAUUGUACAAUUACACCAAGUAGAACCAUCAUUUAGUCUAUUUCAUGUUAAAAACAGAAAUAUCCUAAUUCAGAAAUAUUCCAUUUACUAAAUGUAUCCUGAUAUUAUACAGGACAAAACAAGAUAUAGAAUUCCUGACCCUCUCACAAUAAUUGUCCAUUCUAACAUUCUAUCGAUUUUUUUUUAUAUCAGUCAGGAGACGACUUUAGACAUUUGAAAACAAAGUUGAUGGAAUGUCAGAAAGCAUAAAUAAUGUGGGAUACAUGUUUCUGUCUAACAGCAGGACAUACGAGCUCUAAACAAUAAUAUAUGUGUUUAUAUAAGAAAUAUAGUAAAAUGACGUAAAUUUUAUUGAAUA